AUGGCCACAGCUUGGUAUGCUAUUCUUUUGACCCUAGGCCUAUGUGCAUCUCUGUACGACACUACAUCGACAACGACACCGGCCCAGGCAACGACGCUGGGUCCUUAUCACACACCAUGCGGACUGUGUGGUCGUAAGAUCGACGUGACUCUGCGUGUACAGAACUUCCUUCGCAAGCCGUACUUCAGCUACACUGUCCAAAUCAGACGCAUGAGAAAACGACAGCUCAUCUUCUUCCUCCAGAAGGCGGCAGAUAUGCGUGUGGAGUUCAGGUUCAGCGCGUCAUACGGACAGUGGGGCUACUUCAUUGACACCAUGAAUGGCCUGGAGACCAACUAUGACAAGGAUGAAACUUGGUGGCACAUUAAAAAUCAGACUAUGUCUCUACCCCUAGGUUCCAGUUCCUACAUCCCCUAUGACGGAGAGAUCAUCACGUAUGAGUUUGUGCAGAGAGGCCCCCACUAAUCACCCACCGUCACUGCAGAACGUCCCACGUGUAAUGGAAACUCAUAUUGGGUCGCAAGCACUGUGUUUACGUUUCAUCCGUGGAUAAUUGUCCUUAAUAUUAAUCAACGCAGAAAAAUGAUUCACUGUGAACCGAGCGAACCGGGACAAUGAGUGACCCCAU